AUGCAAACCAUGGGCGAAUUCGCAAACCGGCAAUCAGUUCACUUGGAACCUGGAACUGCCGUUUUAGGCUCUCCAUUCGGACUGGCCAUUUUUAUUAUCGGCAUCGUCAUUCUUGGGCUGUGCGUACUGGGAUUAUUCGGCGCCUGUUGCAACAGUCACAUACUUUUGAUAGUGUAUGCAAUACUGCAUGGAAUUCUGCUAAUCGCUGAAAUCAUCGUCGUCAUUAUCUACGCCGCAAAGCCGAAUAUAUUGACGGACCCGUUGAAGGGGACCAUUGACACCAUGACAGCAAAUUACGUCUCUGUCAAUUCCACUGAUACAGAUAGCAUGGUAAUGAAAGCUCUUAUGUUUGCGCUCCAAUGUUGCGGUUCCAACGAUGGCGGCGACUUUAAAAACUCUACGAAGUUUAAGCGAACUCAAGUUUACGAUAAAACUACCUACACACUGAUGUAUCCAGUACCUUGCUGCAAAUUUGAUCAAAGCAACCAGCCAGUUGGCAGUUGUCCUGGUACAUUCGACUCGGUCAACAGCAACAUAAGACAAGGUUGUUGGAAAGUUCUGAAGGGUUACAUCGAUCGGUACGGGAUGAUGGCGGUCUAUGUUAGUAUCGGUGUGAUUCUUUUGCAGGUAAUACUCGAAGCUGCUUCUAUUGUGAUGGUAUGCUCAAAGUGAGGCGACUCACUGCAACUGGCUACAUUUAACCUCAAACAUAUCCGCUGUGACCGAACCAUUUGGAUUGAAUGAAACCCUCACCGAUUUCUGUAGAAGAUACUGCACUAUUUUGCUCCCUGGUUUCUUCUCCAGUGGAAUCUUUUAAAUGUUUCAUAGAAACCAACAUCUGCCGAUACUUCAAACCCAUUGCAUUCCAUCUUAUUUCUUGAAAAACCGUUAACGUUUGUCCCAGUAUCCUCUUUUACGGACAUGGAUGUCAGUGGUGUGCACGUCAGAUAGAUUGAAUCUUUCCCUACGCAUUAGGUUGUAUGGAUUUUACUGCAUCUCUCACUGUGUUUGGCUGGAUUCCUGUCCAUUCCGAUUCCCGUAUUAUAAACUGAAGAAAAAUAACAAACUCCUCCAGUUUUCUCGGUUGCGGAAUACAGAUGCACUUUGGUCG